UGCAAUUUCAUCGAUUUAUUCGCUGUUGAAAGCUCACGCAUCUGACGCAUAAUGGCGGCGGUACCGACGGUGGACAAGUGCCCGGAAAAGUACGACUCUUAUCAGCUCGUGGACUCGGAGCUUCACCGACAGAUCGCCCGGGACGAACUUCGCGAGGAUCGAACGAUCGUCGAGCAGGCGCUUCAACAGUUGCGUGAAUGGAUCGCCAAAAAUCCAGCCAUCUUGGCCUGCCGUACAGACACAAACUUUAUGCUGCGGUUCCUGCGGGUGCGUAAAUUUUCACACAAUGCCACGUGCGAGACCAUCGAGCGAUAUCUAAUGGCGCGUCAGCGUAUCCCGACGUGGUACCAACGGCUGGAUACUGCGGAACCUUGGGUGCAGGUCAUGAUCGACAGCGAGUUUGUAGUGCCGCUGGGACGCGAUGAGAAGGGCCGAAUGGUAUUUUUGAUUCGGUACGCCAACCUGGACUACGUACGGUUCAGCGUGAUCGACCAAGCUCGGUUCUUUUCGAUGGUGUUCGAGUGUUUGUUCCAGGACGAGCUGACCCAAAUCGCAGGCCUCGUGUGCAUCCUGGACGACUCCAACGUAUCGAUGCAGGUGUUUAUUCAAUGGACGCUAACGGACAUCAGGAACAUUAUCGAUUGUGUGACGAAAGCUUUCCCGAUUCGGGUUAAAGAGGUGCACGUUAUUAAUUUGCCACUGUUCGGAGCAACCGUUGGCCAGUGGAUUAUGAGCUGUGCAAGUGAGAAGCUACGUAGUCGGUUGAUGUGCUACCAUUCUGUGGAAGAAUUUCUUUCUAAAACCAACCUGAAACCCAUGAUGCCCAAGGAGUAUGGCGGCAAGCAGGAUGUGAAGGAUCUAAAGCAGCAAUUAAGAGAUAUGUUGGAUCAUCACAGGAACAUUAUACUGGCGUUGGACGAUAUGCGAGUGGACGAAAAGCGGUGCGAGGUGCUAAAAACUCAAAGUAAUUUACCGCCCGCCGAAGCGGCAAUGGUUGGCAGCUUUCGCAAGUUGGAUGUCGAUUGAAUCGAUGGUAUCAAAUGCGUUCCUAGGUUUUUAGCACAAUGCAAAGCUUCUAACACUUGUUGAAGGGAUUCCGUAAAAAACAGUUAACCCCAAUAAAAAACAUUUUUUACCAACUGAGGAGUAUGGCACAUUUCCGAUUGAACAUAGCAUUAGCAAGGAUGACAACGU